AUGAAAAUUGUAUCUUCACGUGAUGAAGAUGGAGUACUAGUUGUUCCACCUCCUUCGCCUCCUCUUAUUAAAAAUGUAGAAAAAACCUUGUUUUUUGAUUAUGAUAAUGAAUUAGCUACUAAGGAGCUUCAACAAACACUGGAUGCAUUGCAUGUUCGUAAUCUUAUGCCAAUUGAAAAUUUGUUAAACCUUGAGAAGGAAAAUGUGGAGAUACAUCAACAAUUUAAUGAUGAUGAUUUUAUUCAAGCUGCUACAAAAAUAGACCAUAUAGAAAAUGAAGUCAUUAUACAACCCUUAACUGGAAGGGAACAGUUGGAUAUUCUGCGCAGCGCUCUGCAAAUUGUUGAUGAAAAAAUUGAUAAUGCUUCAAUUACGUAUUUGCAAGGAGGUCUAAAAGGAAGAGGCUGA